AUGUCGUCUACUGCAGUCCCCAAGCGCGUUGCGCUCAAUCGCAACCUCCCUACAGAGUCCUCUGUCGUGAGCUCUGUCUCGGCGUCACCUUUUGAUAGCCCGCGCCAAUCCCCCUCCUCAACAUCACUGUCCUCCAUGGCUUCGGAGCAGGAGGCCAGCAAGAUGCUGGACACAUAUGGCAACGAGUUCAAGAUCCCCGACUAUACCAUCAAGCAGAUCCGCGAUGCUAUUCCCGCUCACUGCUUCCACCGCUCCGCUGCCACCAGUCUAUACUAUGUCUUCCGGGACAUGGCUAUACUGGCCUCGGUCUUUUACCUCUUCCACAACUAUGUCACCCCUCAGACUGUGCCCUUGCUCCCUGUUCGUGUGGCCCUCUGGACCUUGUACACCAUCGUGCAAGGUCUCGUUGGCACCGGAGUGUGGGUUCUGGCCCACGAGUGCGGUCACCAGGCCUUCUCUCCCUCAAAGGUUCUGAAUGAUACCGUCGGCUGGGUGUGCCACUCUCUCUUGCUCGUUCCUUACUUCUCCUGGAAGAUCUCCCACGGAAAGCACCACAAGGCCACUGGUAACCUCGCCCGUGACAUGGUCUUCGUCCCCAAGACCCGUGACGAGUACGCUUCUCGCGUCGGCAAGACUCUGCACGAGCUCGGCGAGCUCUUUGAGGAGACCCCUAUUCUCACUGCCUCCAACCUCUUGGCCCAGCAGCUCUUCGGCUGGCCCAUGUACCUCCUCAUCAACGUCACCGGCCACAACAACCACACCAAGCAGCCUGAGGGCCGCGGUGUGGGUAAGGCCAACGGCUGGGGCGGUGGUGUCAACCACUUCAGCCCCGCCAGCCCCCUUUACGAAGCCAAGGAUGCUAAGCUUAUUGCCCUGUCUGAUCUCGGUCUUUUGCUCACUGGUACCGCUCUGUACUUUGUCGGCAAGAACUUCGGCUGGCUCAACCUGCUGGUCUGGUACGGUAUCCCUUACUUGUGGGUGAACCACUGGCUCGUUGCCAUCACUUUCCUCCAGCACACUGAUCCCACUCUUCCCCACUACCAGCCUGAAGUGUGGAACUUUGCCCGUGGUGCCGCUGCCACUAUUGACCGUGACUUUGGCUUCGUUGGCCGCCACAUUUUCCACGGCAUCAUUGAGACCCACGUUCUGCACCACUAUGUCAGCAACAUUCCCUUCUAUAACGCCGAUGAGGCCUCCGACGCUAUCAAGAGUGUGAUGGGCGACCACUACCGCACUGAGGCCCACACCGGCUGGACUGGUUUCUUCAAGGCUCUCUGGACCUCUGCUCGUGCCUGCCACUGGGUUGAGCCCACCGAGGGUGCCACUGGUGAGAGCCAGGGUGUGCUGUUCUUCCGCAACACCAACGGUAUUGGUAUCCCACCUUCCAAGAUGGCUGCCAAGGCUCAAUAG